GCUGCAGGGAGGGAGGUUCCCCUUUUGCGGGGAGUUUUGGCCCCGCUACAGUAAUUCCUUCCGCGGGCAGAGCACGUCUCACGGUUCUCUUCAGCCUCAGGAUCGCCACCUCCACCUCGCUUCGCUCCACGAAAAUCCUCCCUUCUUCCCUCCGCCUUCACACGGCUACAGCUCCUUAUCAGCCUCGCCCACCCCGGCUCCCGGCGGACGGCGGCGAAGGACAAGAGUUUAUCUUCCCUCCCCACCUUCCCCAUCAGCGUACUUCAGUACUGGGGAGACAGAUUUCCAGGAAACAAGACAGCAGAACACUUCUCUUUUAAAAAAAAAAAACAGACUUUAAUAUCCCAUUAUUUAAAUCCGCGGAUCUUCUAGCGCGCUUCCAAGAGCAAAGAGACGACAAGCCCCGGCUACUCCAACACAGCCGUCUUCUCAACGAGACUGCCGGAACGGUCCGGCCGAGCCGCGCCGCCGCCCACCAGCCCCGCCUGCCCUCGCCGAGGCGCCCUUACCUCACGGCAUCGCUCGAGGGGCCGGGCUCGGCCCGGCCCGGCCCGGCCCAGCCCAGCCCAGCCCCGCGCCUCCCGGCCGUUACUCCCCCGCCGCGCCCCGACUCCCUGCGGGGGCUCGGCCUUACACGCCCAACCCCGAGAAGAAGCUCCCCGCCCCCCCUCCCGCCCCCCCUCCCAAGAAACGCGGCGGGCGGCCCUCACAGCUCCCGCCGGCAGCCGUUACAGACGUUACAGCCGUCGCGCACCCGCCCCGCAGCGGCGGCACGCCGAGCUUUGAAGAGAUCACUUUAUAGGUAAAGAUGGCUGCUGAUACUUCUGUUGAAAUACUUCAAAAAGUUCUGGAGAAUGAAAUACUUCAGACUACCAAGGUUGUGGAAGAACAUCUGGAUGCUGAAAUGCAGAAGCUGGACCAAAUGGAUGAAGAUGAAUUGGAACGCCUUAAACAAAGGAGGCUUGAGGCACUAAAAAAGGCCCAGCAGCAGAAACAAGAGUGGCUUUCAAAAGGACACGGAGAAUACAGAGAAAUCCCAAGUGAGAGAGACUUUUUCCAAGAAGUCAAAGAAAGUAAAAAUGUGGUUUGCCAUUUCUAUAGAGAUACAACAUUCAGGUGCCAAAUAAUGGAUAAACAUUUGACUGUAUUGGCAAAAAAACAUGUUGAGACAAAAUUCUUGAAAUUAAAUGCUGAAAAAUCUCCUUUUUUGUGCGAGAGACUGCGCAUCAAAGUAAUCCCCACUCUAGCACUAGUAAAAGAUGGAAAAACACAAGACUAUGUCGUGGGCUUUACUGAUCUCGGCAACACUGAUGACUUCACUACAGAGACCUUAGAAUGGAGAUUAGGCUGUGCAGACAUAAUUAAUUACAGUGGAAACUUGAUGGACCCACCUUUUCAAAGUCAAAAGAAAUAUGGAACAAGCUUUACAAAGUUGGAUAAGAAGACCAUCAGAGGAAAAAAAUAUGAUUCAGAUUCUGAUGAUGACUAGAAGAACAGCUAAAUGUAUUUGUAAAUCAUCUUUUGUUUAUGCUUGGUACAUUUCUAAGAAUGUUUUUUAUAAAGCUUACUGCUUUUCAUUACAUCUGCACAUAAUGCUCAUUUUUCUAUACAGUUUUAUACAACUGAGUCAUAGCAGAAAAAAGCUUAAAUAUUUUUUUUUCCUCUUUUGGAAGUCGUUUGUAAUUCAAAAAUCUGAGUCCCUCUAACUAAAUAAUGUGGCAAAUUAUGAACUUUGUCGUAAGCGUAAAUGUAUGAAGUGUUUGGAAGUAACUGUUAAGAAACAACUGUACCAAGUCAGACCAAAGGUCCCUCUGGCCCAGCAUCCAGUCUCAGUGGCCAAAAGCAGAUGCACAAGGAAGAGUAAAAACAGGGUGAGCAGAUAGCAGUGCUUCCCCAGAAGAUACUUUAAGAAAUCUCGGGCUUGGGGAACUCUGUACCUGAGAGUGUUUGCUGGUUAAAAUCAUAGAAGAAAAAUCUCUUUAAAUCCUCAUAGUAUCCUAGCAUCCACAUUAUAUAGCAAGGAGUCCACAGUUUAACUGUGUUGUGUGAAGAACUGCUUCCUAUUGUUUUCCUUGAAUCUGAAAGUUCCUUUUUUUUUUUUUAUUUUCUUAAUUAAAGGCGAUGAUAGACAGUUUUUAAAAAUAUUUUUCCUUAUCAGUUCUUCUUCUAGUAGUCUUUUCAAGUUUAUUACUUAUAUUAUCAGUAAAGCACCACAAAAUGAUUAGUAAAGGAAUCGUGCAUUUUAACAAAUGAUUGCUUAUCUUAUGGUGCCAUAUCAUGAUAUUGAAUAACUUAAUUACAUUGCACUAUAAGUUGUAAAAACAGUCAUAACUUCUGUGAAUUCUGAAAUAGAUGGCCAAGAGAAAUGCACUUUUACCAUCUAAGUAUGCUGCACGUUAAAGCUGAUACAGCGGGUAAUAGCACAUAGCAACAAGCAUACUGAAAACAGCCUUGUUCGCAGGUUUGUAUAAUUCUGUGGUUUUUGAAUGUGUGGAUUUUAUAGCAGAUGCUUUGUACAAGAGAGUAGAAUAGAGAAAAGUAUUUGGGAGAAACCUUGAUCCGUUAAGUUUAGAUAUAGCGCCACAUACUGUGUACUGUUCCUAAGUAACGGACAGAAUUUUCAAGGGAGAUCUUCCUUGGAUCACAAUGUAAAAUUUCUGUCUAGGUGAAGAGUUGAUGAGUUUUCCUUUCGUUUUCAAAAAAAAUAGUUUGCUGUGUCCUGAACGACCCUUUUGAGGUGGUACUUUGAAUCCAGUUGUCCCAAAAAGCAGUGAAGUGGGUCUUGUCAGUCUUGCUGCCUUGUAGCGGAGAACACUUGUGAUUGGGCCAGCCCAGCAAUAUAUCUCUACGUUUAAAAAAAUUAUAUUUUAUUUCUGUUCAUGUACAUUGAAAUAAAAUUAUUUUAAUUCUAA